CAGGGAUUGAUGCGUUGAACUUCCUUUUGGUAUUCUCCUUCCUACUUGACCCUCGUGGACCAUUUGGUGAACCUCUCAAACUCAUUUUCUCGACCUCAAACAAUCAAAUCACUCUUCCUUCCAAAAAUUAAAACAUUCAAGAAUCUUUCUUUGUCUGGGUCACUGGUUGGAGCCAACAUUAUCAUUUCAUUCGUUCGCUCCCACUGUUAACCCGCUCCCCCCGCUCUUAACUGUUGCUUCUACUUUUCAAAACAACUGAGAGAUUGAAUCUUUCCUUCCAUGGACCGACCCAUUUCAUUAAUUCCUCAAUCGUUUGGUGAAACUUCAACUCUUCUCCUUUUUAGGAUUUUUUCGCCAUCUAACGGGGCAUCCAUUCGUUCAACCAAACAUUAAUUCGAUACCAAGACAUCAUACUGCAGCUUCCACCUAUUUACUGCUGUGACGGUCCAACCUGCAGCAAACCACGAUAACCCGCAUUUCAUUCUCUCCUCCGCCUUCACCUCACGAAAUCAUACAGAAAUAACCUAAGCCUCAAAUCUGCCUCUUGGAGUGAUUACGAUAUACUCUUUCCCACAUCAUCUUGUGUAUAAACUUCUCGACCGACUACGCGGAGUGUUGCUCAACAUAUUUAUUCUCGAAUAUUAUCUUGUCAAACAAGAACUCGCAAACCGUGUUACUGAAGAUCUAAAAAUUACUCACAUUUACGGAUUUGGUGGAGAGUGAUUGGUUUGUACGUUAGAUUCAUCCCCUGUUUCUUUACGGGCACAUUCUGACGCAUUUGCUAUGCAGUUACUCAUUUCCAAACGGACACUUUUCGGGAACUUGCGCAUGGUCUUCCGUUUCAAGCUCUAAGAUAUUGCAGGCGGCGAUUUAAUAAUCGGCCGAGAUCCAUAUUACAACUUCUACCGAAAGUCCAUCACAAAAAAACCAUCCAUUCGUGGUUCAAAAUGACUCAAUACGAUACUUCACCAUGGCCGGUGAAAGACGUGAGUAGUUUCUUCCCAUCCAGGCUAAUGCCUCAACUUUUCUUCGCAAUGGUCUCUUCAGGAGUAUUUCACUGACAAAUUUGGUUUCAGAUCGUCUACACUGCCAUAGUAGGCUCGGUAAUGCUCGCCGCAUUCCUCGAGUGGUUUCUUUGGUUGGCAGCUUUUAUGUAUUGUCUGUUUAAGGUUUUUCAGAAAGCUGAGCACUGGUCUGUUCGGGUUUUAGCAAUAAUAGUCGCGAUUGUCUUCUUUCUCUUGAGGUAGGGAUCAUCCGAAGAAUCUAUUUAUGAGCUCUACUAAUCAAGACUUUCUACAGAGCUAUUUACCUUCCCAUCAUGGUUGUCACGCUUCCUCUACCACCAGGAGUUACUCAAUAUUUUCCUAUACAAAUGGUCACCAUCCUUCAAUGGUUCGGGUUUUGGUCGUUUGCUGCCCUUUUAACCAUCCCAUGGCUCUUCUGCGUAUACCAAAUUGUCACUCAUUCUCUGGGACGAACGAAACGUAUAAAACAAGUGUUGGAUGAGCAUUCAGCACCAAAAGUUGUGAUUGUCAUGCCUUGUUAUAAAGAAGAACCAGAUAUCUUGGUGACGGCUAUCGAUUCAAUCGUGGAUUGCGAUUAUCCUCCUUCCUGUAUCCACGUCUUUCUUUCCUUCGAUGGGGACCAAGAAGAUGAGUUAUAUCUCAAGACAAUCGAGGCAUUAGGUGUUCCACUAUCUCUGGACUCCUACCCAAAGAGUAUUGAUGUUACCUACCGAACGGCCCGCAUCACAGUUUCCCGAUUUCCCCACGGUGGAAAACGUCAUUGCCAAAAGGCUACUUUCAAGUUAAUUGACAAGGUUUAUACCGAAUAUUUGAAGCGCAAUGACAAUCUGUUCAUCCUUUUCAUCGACUCCGACUGCAUCUUGGAUCGUGUUUGUCUUCAGAACUUCAUGUACGAUAUGGAACUGAGCCCGGGGAAUACCAGAGAUAUGCUUGCAAUGACAGGAGUUAUCACUUCGACUACAAAGAAACACAGUCUUAUCACUUUGCUUCAGGAUAUGGAAUACAUUCACGGCCAACUCUUUGAGCGAACGGUUGAAUCAGGUUGUGGUUCCGUCACGUGUUUACCGGGAGCUCUAACGAUGCUACGGUUUUCGGCUUUCCGCCGCAUGGCCAAGUAUUAUUUUGCUGACAAGGCUGAGCAAUGUGAUGAUCUUUUCGAUUACGGUAAAUGCCAUUUGGGAGAGGAUAGAUGGCUGACUCAUCUUUUCAUGAUUGGAGCAAAGAAGAGAUAUCAAAUUCAAAUGUGUACCUCUGCUUUCUGCAAGACCGAAGCUGUUCAAACUUACAGAUCAUUGAUUAAGCAGCGUCGCCGUUGGUUCUUGGGGUUUAUCACCAAUGAGGUUUGUAUGUUGACUGACAUCAGAAUUUGGAAGAGAUAUCCAAUUUUGGCCGUUGUCCGAUUUAUGCAAAACACGAUCCGAACCACGGCUCUACUUUUCUUCAUCAUGGUGCUCUCUAUUAUUACAACUACAAAGAAAGUUCAAGAUCUUCCCGUAGGGUUUAUUGGUAUUUCACUUGGCCUCAAUUGGUUGAUGAUGAUCUACUUCGGUGCUAAGCUCAGACGUUUCAAGAUCUGGCUCUACCCACUGAUGUUUAUUAUCAAUCCUUUCUUUAAUUGGUAUUAUAUGGUCUAUGGAAUUUUCACGUGUGGGCAACGAACCUGGGGAGGACCUCGAGCAGAUGCUGGAGCUGCCGAUUCUACUAAAACUCCACAACAAGUUAUCGAAGCUGCUGAGGAGGCUGGAGAUGACCUCAAUGUUAUUCCUGAAACAUUCAAACCCGCCGCUGAAGCUCGAAACAACCAAAUUGUUCGCCGCCCAACCCUUCCAUUGUUGCCUCCAAACCGUCUCGAAGGUCGUUUCGCAGCUGCAGAAAGACUCCCAGGUGGAUGGUACGAACAUGUCAAUGACUCUCUCAAUAGCGUCGCUGCUGGACGUGUUCUACCUUCUGGGAGAAACCCUACGGCAUCCAGAGACUCUUUUGAUAGUUAUGUAUCUGGGUUUACUGGUACGAAUUCGGUGUACAUGCCAAGACGAGUGGAAAGUAUCAUGGGAGAAGAAGAUAGAAAGAAGUAUGAGAUAGCUCAAGCCAAUCAAAAGGCACCAGCUGGAGCAUACUACAAUCAGGUAAGUAAUCAUCUUUCCGUGAAACUAAACGGUGCUAAUUGUAUGCUUAGGGAUACGUCUAUGAAAUUUCUGAUGGACCCGAGGCCAAAGGUGGAUUUCAGGAUUCACUAGAAUCUUUGGGCUCCUUGGAGGGGACAACAUCCAACUCUUUGGCAGUUCCUCAAGCAUCUUCGUACCGGAAUGGGCGAAGUCCUUUGGGCCGUAUGUCUUUGAUACGCUCCACUUCGAGGGAUGAAUCGAUUGAGAUGGAAUAUCAGCGUUCAGACAGUUCAAACUCUCCCGAACCGAAACCACAACGUCGAGAAUAAUUUCAUAUGAAAUGAUGCAUUCAGGAUUCUGGAUGGAAAUAUCGGAAACAGUGAACUGGGUUUACAGGGGUGAUACACGUAUGAGAGAUGGAUUUCUUGAGCACUGUGAAGGGCAUUCACAUGACAUUGCAUUUGCACAUUGCAUCUUGCAUUUUUGAUAUUUUUUGCGACACCAUAUUGGGAUGGGCAUAGCGCGGCGUACAAACAAUCAUACCAUAGAAGGACAUAUGGAGGGAAUUUUGCAUCACAGAAGCCGGAGUAGAAUGACUUUUGGCAGGAGUUAUAAUUAAUGAUAAAUGGAAGCUGAUGAACAAGCCACAAUACAAUAAUACAAAUGGAAUAAAUUUUGCUGUCAUUUCC